AUGACUGGCUGCUUUGCAUUCCUCAAGCCCUCUCGCGCUCGGGCCAACAAGAUGAGCGACCACGGAUGCACGUGCAAAUGCUCCCAGCACGCCGGUGCGCUUCCUGCCGCGGCCCCUGCCGCCGCCACUGUUGCAGCCGAGAAGAGCCCGCUGAGCGUCUCGAUGUACUACGAUGCGUGCAAUCCGCCUCCGUUCGAGCCGGGUCAGGUGCAGCGUUGCUGUGGCGGUUUCGCCGGCGAAGGACUGGCGCACUCGCACCUGCCCACGUAUGGCGACUCGCAGAAGCACGCGCACCACACGGUGAGAUACUCUGAGCCUGACGUCGAUGCGCAGCUGAGCGACGCUGUCGCCGAGGUGGCCAAGUCAAUCGAGGCCGAGAUGGAAAAGCUCGACAAGGAGCUGCGCGAGCUGUCGCUCGACAUGCACGACCAUCCCGAGAUCAUGUGGGAGGAACAUCGCACACACGACCUCUUUGUCAAGUAUCUCUCCAACAAGUCUGGCUGGAAGGUCACCCCGCACGCCUAUGGGCUCGACACCGCGUUCAAGGCGGUCUUUUCGCACAAGGCUGAUAAGAACUCGCGCGUGAUUGGAUUCCAGUCGGAACUCGACGCGCUUGCGGGGAUUGGCCAUGCGUGCGGGCACAACCUCAUCGCCAUGUCUGGUGUUGCUGCCGCGCUCUCGGUUGCCGCCGCACUCGUUGAGAAGGACAUUGCAGGUACCGUUGUGCUCCUGGGUACUCCGGCGGAGGAAGGUGGUGGAGGCAAGAUCAAGCUCGCCGACGCCGGUGCGUACAAGGACAUGGACGCGUGUCUUAUGAUCCACCCCGCCGCCAUGUCUGGUACGGGCGUCAUGCUUGCAGUGCACCCUGUGGUGGUGACGUACAAAGGCCGUACUGCCCACUCGGGUGCUGCUCCCUGGGAGGGCAUCAAUGCGCUCGACGCAGCGGUGCUUGCGUACAACAACAUCUCGGCACUGCGUCAGCAGAUCCAACCCAGCGAGCGCGUACACGGCAUCAUCAAGGGCAACAACUGGUCUCCCAACGUCGUCCCCGGUGAAGCCACCUUGAUCUUUAACAUCCGCGCACCCACCAUUUCGGCGCUCAAGGCGCUUACUGCUCGUGUGCAAAAGUGCUUUGAGGCGGCAGCACUCGCCACGGGAUGUACGGGUGAGUACGACUGGCAAACCGCCUAUGCCGACGUCCACAACACUCCUUCACUUUCCGCCACGUACGCCAACUUCCUCGACCAGCGUUACCGCAUCCAUGUGCCCAACGAUGACUUUGCCGCCUCGACGGAUUUCGGCAACAUCACCUACACCCUCCCCUCCCUGCAUGCAGAGUAUGCGAUUCAUCUGGACGACCCUCGCACCCAGGGCAACCACACCGUCGGCUUUGCAGCUGCCGCAAGGACCCAGGAGGCCCACGAUAGGACAAAGGAGGCCGCCCUCGCGAUUGCCGUUACGGGCGCAAAGGUGCUCGUCGAUAAAGAGUUCCGCGACCACGUGUGGAAAGAGUGGUCCGCUUGGCGCAAGGCUGCCGACGGACCCUAA